GAAUUACGCUUUAUCGGCGGGGACGGGAGGAGGAUAACUACUAUCUGUAUCUAUCCCGUUCGUGAAUAAAAUAUUGAUCGUUAAGUAAUUUAUGCGUUGCUGUAAAAUGAAUCCAAAAAACAUGGAUAAUAUGACGCAGCGUGAAAAAUUCCAAUUGUUAAAUUCAGAAGUGCGCUCGUUUUAUGAAUAUUGUAAAGAAGUAGGUAUGAGUGAUGAUGAUAUGGACGUAAUUUGUCGCCCUUUGAUGAAUGCUGUGAGGAGGGCGACGAUUAAGAGAUGGCGAAACAUUUUCUUGAUAUGCGCGGUAUUUGUGACAUUUGGAUAUAUUGUGAGCCAAACGGAUUCAUUUCAAUGGAAUGCUGCCGCCGUGGCUCGCUUAACUUUGAUAAAGCUUCUACCGUUUUUGAACUGGACUCCAUUAUACUAUAGCAAAUGUAUUGUUGAAAGGCUCCCGGUGCAGAACUUUGAUAGUGAACCGGUUUCUACAAACGAUUGUAUCGCAUGUGAAGCAAUUCAAAACAUAGCUCGCAUAUCAAAAACCGACCACAAUGAAGUGUUAAACCACCACUUGCUACGAGGAGCUCCUGUCAUAGUUACUGAUGCCUAUCACGACUGGGCAACUGGGGAGUAUAACUUCACAGGCCUCGUCAGCAAUGAUGACCGCUUACGCGAAUCUGUCCCUUGCCGAAUCCUAACCAACAUUCGUAUUGGUAAACAGCCAAUGGAUUUGCAGGAAAUUGUAUCACGUAUCACCGAGAGCAACAUUCCUAGCUGGUUCAUACAUUUUCAGAACUGCGAUCUUCGAGCCGUGAAAACCUUCAGAGUCCUUGCCCCUCGACCUUAUUUCCUCUCGCCAGAAAUCCCUCCCUCGCACUUCAACUGGUUGCUGCUAUCCAAAAACUACGACACACAGCGUUUUAAGUAUUUGGAGUUUGAUAUCGGUCUAAUAAUCAUGUCGCAGCUAAAAGGAAAGAAUUACAUACAGUUGAAACCGCGUAUGCCCUGCGAAAACAUUUGUAGUCCCAUUAAAAUUGAAUUACAGCAGAGUGAAACAUUGGUUUUGAGUAAUUCACUCUGGGAGUUUGAAUACAUGCCGGGAAAAGGUGAGAAUCUCGCUAUGAUCACGGAAACUGAUUGGGUAGAAUCGUAAUUUUUUAUCUAAGAAAUGUUACUACACAAUGUACCUAAUUAAUAUACGAAAUACACCUUUUGAAAGAUGCUACGAGUAUUAGUCACCAUAUGAUUUUAUUUCAAGUUAGAUAAAUGUUUUAAUUUGUUAUUCAUCAAAAACCAAUUUUGUAAUAUAUUCAUAAAAUGUGCCAAAUAUCAUACAACGCACAUGUAUAAGAUCACAGUGCACCGAAUUACUUACAUCAGAUUAGAUUUAAGCUAAACUUGCUUACACACAUUUGUUUGAUUUAUUACAUUUUGGUAGAAAAUUCAAUAGGAGUUAUGGUUUAUAAGUUUAAAUUUAAUAGCAUUUUGGCGAUUGUACUUUAAAUUUAAGUUUGUCAUUUAAUUUACUGUCAC